UGUUCCCAAUUUCAGGCUCAGAAUACAAACCUUAGCUACUAGGCUGUAUGUGCAAUUGUAGCUGGAGACAGGAAAACUGAGCUUCCCAUGCUACCUUCCCACAUAUGAGUGAAUGAGGCAGCGGCAGUACCUGCUUGUACCGGUGUACAAUGGGAAGCUUUGAGUAGAGAAAUUGAUAAUCUUCAUGGAAGAGUAAUUUGAAUGAAAUUCCACUUGACAGGCUGUCUCCAAGCAAAAUCCAGGCAGUGAGGGAGUGUGUGCAGCACACAAGGCUCGUCCAGCCACUGCUGUAGGUGCACAGCCACAUAUACACUGUAGCUACAUCUCAUCCUAGCUCUUCUUCAUUAGUUCCUUUCCAGCAAGAGAGAGGUGGACAUGGAGGAAAACAUGGAAGAAGGACAGACACAGAAAGGUUGCUUCGAAUGCUGCAUAAAAUGCCUUGGGGGAAUUCCAUAUGCAUCAUUGAUCGCUACUAUCUUGCUCUAUGCCGGGGUUGCACUGUUCUGUGGCUGUGGUCACGAGGCUCUAUCAGGCACUGUCAACAUUCUGCAGACCUAUUUUGAAAUGGCAAGAACUGCUGGGGACACACUUGACAUCUUUACCAUGAUUGAUAUAUUCAAGUAUGUCAUCUAUGGGAUAGCAGCUGCCUUCUUUGUUUAUGGUAUUUUGCUGAUGGUAGAAGGAUUUUUUACAACUGGAGCCAUUAAGGAUCUCUAUGGGGACUUCAAAAUCACAACCUGCGGUAGAUGUGUGAGCGCAUGGUUCAUUAUGCUGACAUACCUCUUCAUGCUGGCCUGGCUUGGUGUCACAGCCUUUACCUCCCUACCAGUCUACAUGUACUUCAAUAUUUGGACCGUUUGCAGAAAUGCUACAUUACAAAAUGAAGCUAACUUUUGUUUGGAUCUUCGUCAGUUUGGAAUUGUUACUAUUAGUGAAGAAAGGAAAUUAUGUACCCCAUCUGAAGCUUUCCUGAGGAUGUGUGAAUCUACUGAUCUGAACAUGACUUUCCAUCUUUUCAUUGUUGCCUUGGCUGGAGCAGGAGCUGCAGUUAUUGCUAUGGUCCAUUACCUGAUGGUGCUAUCGGCUAACUGGGCCUACGUGAAAGAUGCAUGCCGAAUGCAAAAAUAUGAGGACAUCAAAUCCAAGGAAGAACAGGAACUGCAUGACAUCCACUCAACCCGCUCUAAAGAGCGACUUAAUGCUUACACAUAAAACUAACCUCCCACAUCUUUGUAACAUUUCAGUUCUUUGUUGUUUCAACUAACAGCCUCCCUUCCAUUGUAAAAUGAAAAUGAAGUGCUUUUCCUAAAGAUGGGUUAAAUGCCACCUAUCUACAUAACCUUGAUUGACCAGCACUUAGCAUCUUCACAGUGGUCUGUGUGACAAUGUCAUAUAAUAUGGAACACCCUAAUAGUCUUUCCUAAAUUGUCAUAAGGUGACUGGUUUCUUAGAAAAAGAAAAUUAACUGUUAAAUAAAGAUGUUUGUUUCCUUUUUUAACCACUUUAUAUGUGUUUUGCAUAAAACAUUUUGCAUUGUUUCCUAUGUUUUUAAGAAAAAAGCUUUUUAUACUUUUUAGUUUUGAGUUUCAAAAACUACUUUUACCUACAGGUAAACGUCAAAGGGAUCGUUGUACAGAAGCAUGUACAAUAAUAUGCUUACGGCUCUAAGUUCUAAACCAUGCAUGGACUGUUCAGGCUUCUUAGUAGUGUCUUGGCCCUAUGAGUAGUCAUGGGUGUAAUUUCUGUUUGGCAGGUUUAAAGGUGCUUCUUUAUUGGUGUUAUGUAUUAAUGUAUGCUGUUAGAACCUCCGUAUUCAAGUUCAGGCAACUACAGUGACAUAGUCAUCUGUAUAACGUGUGAGCAUGCAUAUUGUGAGGAUAGUGCAUGGGCACGCCCCAUUUUACCAACAUCUUAUGCCCAGUUUUAAUCCAACAUUUAAGUGGUGUUUGACUAACAGAUAAUCUAUAGCUCAAAUCCAUAUGUAGGUAUCUAGCUAUUAUUUAACCCUUGCUUUUUUAUAUUUGUUGUAAAAUAAAUGUCAAGCUAUUAAACUCAAUUCAAUGUUUUCUCACAUAUUUUUUCAUAAAUUGUCUAAAAUGUGAACUAUUCCUGGGUAUACAGAAUCCUUAUACUUACUAGCCGUGGACCUGUGUAUGUAGUUCUACUUUGAAAUCAUUCCAGCAAGCCAAUGUACUGUACAUGUUUUUCAGUGAAACUCUACGAAGAGUUUUAACAUACCAAUGUUACUGGACCAAAUUUUCAAUUUCCAUCUGUUCUGCCUUUUGGAAUGCUCUGGGAAUGCUGUGAAGUGUCUUUAUAACAUUAAGGCAAGAAUUUUGUCAAUGGUUAAAGAAAAUCAUAUAUUGUUUUGUGCACUUUAUAGAUGAAUUGUGUGACCGUUCAGUGUUAAUGCAUUGUUCAUUUUGAUAGCUCUUGGGGUUAUGUCACCACUUUUCUCAUAUUUUCUUUUUCUUUUUGCUUGCGUUGACAAUUUUUGGUAUUUUGCACUUAUAGUGAUAAAGUAGUUGUUGGUGGAAAUAUAGUGAGUGACAAUAUUGGACUAUGGGGUGUUGCAAUCUACACAUGGAAUUGUAUCCCUAUACAUGUAAGUGACCAUGUAGGUGCUCUUGCUAUGAUUUGUACUGAACCUUUCAUUAAAAACAAAAACAUAUAUGUGACAACAUAUACAUUUGUGGUAUUUAGCAGUGUGUAACAUAUUCAUCAUUCUGCACAAGAAAACAUCCAGCUUUGUUGCAGUGUCUCUAUUGGACUCAACUACUUUAGCUUCACAUUACAAAAUGGAAUAGUGCAUGCUAAUAGGGUUAUCUGUUUCUUGGUUGUUUUAGUACUUCGUUCUAGGUAGCUUAUUGACCUAACUAAUGUAGGAAUUUAGGAUAGUGAAAUCAGUAGACCUUUUUAAAGUUGUUACCCAAUUGUACCAUCUUGAAUCAAUAGAUAACUCAUUUCAUUAGACAACUGGCCUUUAUUUUAAACCUAGACUCUAGAAAAAGAGCUAACUUAUAUUGAGUUUCCUAUCUUUUUUGAAGAGUUCAAGAUGAUGAUAUUGAUUGUAUGGAAAGAAGAACUGUGAGCGCUUAGUAGAGACAGUCGCUUUACAUAGUUAAUCCAAAUGCACCAGAAUGCAGCAAAUCAAUUGACUAAAGAUUUGAACCUUUACUAAGCUAUGAUCAUAGAAGAAAACAACAGAUCCUUAGUGUUCCUAUAGCCAUACCAAGUACUGCAGAGCUCCAAAAAAACUAUAGAUUGUACUGCCCUACAGUAAAGCCAAUAUUUUUGUUGACAGAAUCCAUAGAUAUGGUGCAGCUGUGUAGUUUAUGUAUUGAUUUAAAGUCAAAUAGUCAUAGCUUUUGCAUGCGAGAAAACAUUAAAGUAUAGAGGUUAUUAUUCUUAAAGGAAUGCAAAAUAUGAUUCACAUUGAGUAUCUUAUCAUUUAUAUAAGUGGAUUAAUAAGGAUGCAGGUACACUUAAAGAAACUGAAAAAUCAGUUCCUGAUUGGUUUGUAAACAUUUCUGCCCCCCCCCCAGGGGGCCUCUCAUUUGUGAUACCUGUAAAGUAGAACUUGCAUUGAGCUAUCAUAAAAGGUCUGAAAUAUGUAGUGUAUUUCCAGCAUCUGCAUAUUCUUCCUGUGCAACAUGGAAGUACGGGUAAGGGUAAUUGGAAGGAAAGAGUUUCGACACACCAGUCAAUAAUGAGUUUUUCAGGGUAUGAUUUUAGAUAUUCUUUUGAGUAGACAAAGCAAAAAACAUUACAUUUUGGCAAUAAAUUCAUAUAAAUAAUAAUGAUAAUUUUAUUAGUUCAUUAUAAGUUCACCCUUUAGAUUAUAGGUUUCAAACUUAAUUUUCAUUUUACACAGGAAAUGUGGCCAGUUAAGUGCGUUUUGACUUAUAAAACACAAGAAAAGAAUGAAUUGCAGGAAAUAGUUUAGCUAUAUUAUUCAUUUUUCCCCAAGAAAAGAUUUUUUAUCUAUUAACACUCAUUCAUGAUGUGGAUUUUUCUAAAGAAAAUAUUGCUAGUAUAGUUACUUGUUGCAUGCUUAAACAUCUAGUAGUGAUAGUUAGAUUUUCUUUUAACAUUUAUGUCCGUCAACAGUUCUCAAAUUUGUGCAGUAUUAAAAAAAAAAAAUCUUUUCAAAAAUAUUCUUCUAAACCUCUUUCAAAUUCUAUAUUGUAGUGUUUCAGUUUUGUGUCUCAAACAGUUUGUGAUUUUUAAACAAAUGUCCUAUCGAUCAGUGUAAUAAUGUUGAUGCUUUUUGGCUUUCCUCUGGUAUUAGAGUUUGUAUUUUCACAAAGAAUGCUUUGUAGCAGGCAUUAUAAUUAACCUGUUUUGUACAUAAAUGUGCCAACAGCUUCAUGGUGGCGUUUUUGAAAUGUAGAACAAAGUGCUUGCAAAAUGUAAUAAACACACUUGUGUACUUUGUGUAUUUA